AGUGUUAGGUGUGUUUAUGUAUUUAUUUAUCAAUACGAUGAAUGUAGUUAAUAAUAAAUUAGAUAACAAGUGAAGAUGUCAUAGUCGUAUAAUGAACGAGUCGGAGACGUGGGGAAACUGGACAGUGAACGUAACAGACUCGGACCCCGGCGACUGGCUUGGCAUGGUCCAGGAGCGCGCCCCUCUAGCGGCCAUACUGCUAGUGUUCUCCCUGGCCACGGUGUUCGGCAACUCCCUAGUGAUGGCGGCGGUGGUGAGAGAGAGAUACCUUCACACCGCGACCAACUACUUCGUCACCUCCCUGGCUCUCGCGGACUGUCUAGUAGGGCUGGUGGUGAUGCCGUUCAGCGCGCUGUACGAGGUGCUGCAGCACAAGUGGUACUUCGGGAUAAACUGGUGUGACGUGUGGCGUUCUCUAGACGUUCUAUUUAGCACGGCUUCUAUAUUAAACUUGUGUGUGAUUUCACUAGACAGAUACUGGGCGAUCACGGACCCUUUCACUUACCCCACACGCAUGAGUCGCCGGAGGGCUUGUUUGCUGAUAGCCGCUGUCUGGGUGUGUUCUGGGGCGAUCUCCUUCCCCGCUAUAGUGUGGUGGCGAGCCGUGAGGACCGAGGACGUCCCCCAAUACAAGUGUCCCUUCACCGAUAGUUUAGGCUAUCUCAUAUUCUCUUCCACUAUAUCGUUCUAUGGGCCGUUAUUCGUUAUGGUGUUCACGUACUACAAGAUAUAUCGUGCAGCGGUAAUACAGACUCGUUCACUCAAGCUAGGAACCAAGCAAGUCAUUAUGGCUUCCGGUGAAAUGGAGCUGACUCUGAGAAUACACAGAGGAGGUGAAGCCAAGCACGAUCUUUACCCUAUCAACUCUAGCGCGUCCGAUGACGUAAGCGAGGUUGAGGGACCGUUGAACGGCCUCAGCAGACAGUCUUCCUCCAGGAUGCUCCAUAGCAAACAAAUGGGGAAAAACUUCUCUCUUAGCAGAAAACUGUCGAAGUUCGCCAAAGAGAAAAAGGCAGCGAAGACGUUGGGUAUUGUAAUGGGGGUGUUCAUAGUGUGCUGGCUGCCGUUCUUCGUGGUGAAUCUCCUCAGCGGGUUCUGCCUCCAUUGUAUCUGGCAGGAGGAGCUCGUCACUGCCAUAGUCAACUGGCUGGGCUGGAUCAACUCCGGCAUGAACCCCGUCAUCUACGCUUGUUGGAGCAAGGAUUUCAGAAGAGCUUUCGCACGAAUCCUUUGUAUUUGCUGUCCCAGAAGGAUGAGACGACGACAUCGAGCGGUUCUUCGAGCAAAACGAAGCCAGUAUUUUGGUGCGACUCAAAUGGUUCUGGCGCCGGCAUCGGUGACGUAUGCAACUGUCAGUAGGCACGAGAGAUUCGGCUUGUGA